CCAAAAGGUUCUGCGUAUUCCUCAUUAGAGUUUCGGUUUUACUGCUGUGAACAAGCAACUCAACGGACAAAAAUGAAACUCUUCCUGGUCGCCUUCGCCGUGAUCGCAGCCGUGGCUGCCGAUGUCAGCCACCUGCCCUCCAACGAGUACCUGCCUCCCGUCGUCCAGGAGCAGCAGAUCAUCGCUGGACCCUCCAACGAGUACCUUCCCCCCGUUGCUGUUGAGGCUGAGCCCGCCCAUGAGCUGGCCGAUGAUGGCUACCGCUACAAGACCCAUAAGCGCGUGGUUCUCCGUCGUCACCGUCGCGAUGUGAACGAGCUCUCCAACGAGUACCUGCCCCCUGUCCAGGAGGCCAUUGCUCCUUCCAACGAGUACUUGGCUCCCGUUGAGGCUGCCCAGGAGACCGUUCUCGCUGAUGAUGGCUACCGUUACAAGACCCACAAGCGCGUGGUUGUCCGUCGCCACCGUCGUGAUGUCAACGAGCUGUCCAACGAGUACCUGCCCCCCGUCCAGGAUGCUCCCUCCAACGAGUACUUGGCCCCAGUUGAGGCUGCGCCCGAGACCAUCUUGGCCGAUGAUGGCUACCGUUACAAAACCCACAAGCGCGUGGUUGUCCGUCGCCACCGUCGUGACGUCAACGAGCUGUCCAACGAGUACUUGCCCCCCGUCCAGGCUGCCGCUCCUUCCAACGAGUACCUGCCCCCAGUUGCUGUUGAGGCUGAGCCCGCCCACGAGUUGGCUGAUGAUGGCUACCGUUACAAGACUCACCGUCGUGUGGUCCUCCGUCGUCACCGUCGUGAUGUGAACGAGCUGUCCAACGAGUACCUGCCCCCUGUCCAGGUUGCCGCUCCUUCCAACGAGUACCUUGCUCCCGUCGAGGUUGAGGCUGCCCCAGCUGCUGUUCUCGCUGAUGAUGGUUACCGUUACAAGACCAACAAGCGUGUGGUUGUCCGUCGUCACCGUCGUGAUGUCAACGAGCUGUCCAACGAGUACCUGCCCCCCGUCCAGGAUGCUCCCUCCAACGAGUACUUGGCCCCAGUUGAGGCUGCGCCCGAGACCAUCUUGGCCGAUGAUGGCUACCGUUACAAGACCCACAAGCGCGUGGUUGUCCGCCGCCACCGUCGUGAUGUGAGCCACCUGCCCUCCAACGAGUACUUGCCCCCUGUCCAGGCUGCCGCCCCCACCAACGAGUACCUGCCCCCAGUGUCUGCCCCCGUCCAGGUUGCUGCCCCAGCUCCCGCUCCAGUCCAGAUCGCCGCCCCCGUCCAGCUGGCUGCCCCCGCUCCCGUCGAGAUUGAGGCCGAGCCCGCCCAUGAGCUUGCCGAUGAUGGUUACCGUUACAAGACCCACCGUCGCGUGGUCUACCGUCGCCACCGUCGUGACGUCAACGAGCUGUCCAACGAGUACCUGCCCCCCGUCCAGGUUGCAGCUCCUUCCAACGAGUACUUGGCUCCCGUCGAGGUUGAGGCUGCCCCAGCUGCCGUUCUCGCCGACGAUGGUUACCGUUACAAGACCAACAAGCGCGUGGUGAUCCGUCGCCAUCGUCGUGAUGUCAACGAGCUUUCCAACGAGUACCUGCCCCCCGUGCAGGCUGCCCCCGCUGCCGAGUACCUGGCCCCCGUGGAGAACACCGUCGAGGUUGCCCCCGCCCAUGUCCUGGCUGAUGAUGGCUACCGCUACAAGACCCACAAGCGCGUUGUGAUCCGUCGCCACUAAAUCAUGCGAUAAUGGCUUUCACUAGGUGAUCGAUUUGUGCUCAUUUUGGAGUGCAGACCUUACUAUUAGAAUACCUCCUUUUCAUUCAAACAAAUACAAUACAAUUCGAUAACGAAUCCAUAAA